CGCGCCGCCGCCGCCGCCGCCGCCGCCCGUGCUCCCGAGGGCUUGUUGCGGAGACUGGCCUCCCGUGGCCUCAAGUGCCGCGUUCCCCAGCCCCGGGAAACAUCCGCCCUCGGGAGACGAUGCUUGAGAUGCAAGGAAAACAGUUUCCCACACCAUCUGAGUCGUAGCUGAAGCUCGAGUGACUGACGCCAGAGAGGGGCAGACAUGCUCAACUCCACCGGCGACGUGGACUUUUCCAAAGAAGAAAACAGCGAGGACGAGAUCCCCCUACUCGCUGCCCAGGAGCUGCCGGGUGACGCAGCAUCCAGCGACAAAAGUCCCAUCAGUGUCCCCGAAAAAACUGGUUACCCGGAUCCCGUGUACGUUAUGGCUGCGAAUAUUUUUCAGGGUAUUCGAAUAGAAAAGUCGCCUGAGAAAGUCAUUAUCAAGUACGGGAGCGAACCCCUGCCGUCCUUGCCCGAGUCUGAGGAUGAAUCCUUUCAGCGUUUGUCCUAUGAGCUGGCGUUCAGUGCCCUGAAGUAUCAAGAUAUUUUGGAAACUAUAUUAAUAGACAGCUAUAUCUUCCCAAGUUCCACAAUACCAGAUCAUUUGAGCAGUCUUAUUAUUGUGAUGCUGUAUGAUUUCCAAGAUAGAAAAUUUCAAACUCGUGUCCUUCCUGAUAAUGAGGAGUCUAUAUCAGAAGUUCAAGAAGUGGAAAACCUUCUUAACAGUUUUAAGACAAAGUUGGCUGCAGCGUUGGCAAGAUGUCGCAUCAAGCACGACGCCCUUUCCAUCUACCACAUCCUACCCGAAAUGGUGAGGAAGCAGGAGCUCAGGGCCUCCAUGCUGCCACUUUAUGCUUGGAUAAAUACUUGUAAGAUCAGCGCUGAAGAAGUUUAUAGUAAUUUGAAGAAAAAAGGCUUCACUAGAGUCAAAUCUGUGUUGCACGUUGAUGAUAAAGUCUUUGCUGUGGACCAACACUGCCAUGAUGUCUUAAUUUUUCCGUCUCAUUUUAAAAAAGAUCUUAUAAAUAUAGAUCUUUUCAAAGAUUAUAAACUUAUUUUUCAGGACAAAUCUCGAAGUCUUGCUGUCCACUCUGUAAGGGCUUUGUUAAAUGUGGAUGAUGAUGUCUUAAUGGUCAAUACAGGCUCAUGGUACACAGUUGCCCAUAUGUCAGUCUUAACAAAUAAUAAUACCUCAAAGAUAUUUGUAUGUGGAGUACAAUCACAAUACAAGGAUCCUGACUUGAAGAAACUUUUCUCAAAAAUAGGAUGUAAAAAUAUAGAAAUACUUCAUGAAACAUUUGCUAAUAUUGAGUCAAAGGAUCACAGGUUACAGAAAGUUAAAGUAAUUCUGCUGCUGCCCCGUUGUUCGGGACUGGGUGUUAGCAAUCCAGUAGAAUUUAUUUUAAGUGAACAUGAAGAUACAGAUUUACUUAAGGACCUCUCUCAAGGAGGCACAUCAGAGGAUAAACUUCAGGCUCUUGCUCAGCAGCAGUAUGAGCAGCUGGUACAUGCAAUGAAAUUUACUAAAGCUCAGGCCGUUGUUUACUGCACAUGCUCCGUUUAUCCAGAAGAAAAUGAAAUUGUUGUUAAAAAGGCUCUAGACUGUCAAGACCAGGGGAAUAAAACACAGCCUUACAGGCUCAGUCCUCCUGUUCUUCCACUAUGCUCAUUAAAAGAAAUACAUUUGUCUACUGAUAAAUUUUUCAGAAUGGAACCAUCUGAAAUUACCAAUGGUUGUUUUCUUUCUAUUUUGACAAGAGAGCGGGACCCAUCUGAGACAGUGUCUGUGAAAGAUGUUUUGGCCCGAGCUGCAGCAAAGGGUUUACUGGAUGGGAUUGAGUUGGGGAAAUCAUCAAAACGGGAGAAGAAGAAGAAGAAAGCAAAAACAUUGACCAAAGCUUCCACUACUGAUAGCAACGGCAUCCAAAUGAAAAUUGCUGAGUUCCUGAGUCGGGAAACUAAAGCAAGUGCUAAUCCAUCAGAGACAUUAAUGACAAAAACGCCUCUUCCACAGAAAAAUGUGACCCAAGCUUCCUCACAGACCAGAAGAUCCAGUAAGCCUGCAACCAGUCUGUUAGCACCCACCCUGCUGAAGAGUACUGGUCACUCCAGGCCAUGUGAACCGUCGACAAACUUGAGAUCUCGACCAGGAGGCAAAGUGGUUCCUCUGAAACCCGUGGAGAUCAUUCUGCCUCCGGUGAUGCUGCCACUUGCAAGCCCCCAAGUGACCAGAUCUCAGCUCCCAGCCCACCACUUUUACUACCGUUGGAUUGGAGCCAAGACUAGUGGGCCCGGCUACUUCCCCACGCCAUCCGUGCUCAGGAGAGGGGAUAAACCCAAAGAAAACUUACCUUCCUCCCUAUUCAAGCAUCCCCAACCAUGGCUUUGACUUUCCUGUGUUGGUUACAGGGGCCAGGAACAGGUGUUCCCCCCGCCCCAAGGUCUGGUAUUUCUCAGGUUAGAUAUCACUGCAUAAGAUACUCAUCCUUUCAGUCACUUAGUAUCUGCUAAAUGACCUUCGAGAUGAAGAUAGGCGAGCAGCACUCAUGCAGAGGAUUACGUGAGCAGAACUGAGAUUUCACAGCUCAGCACAAUCUGUUUUACGAUGCCCAGUGGUAGACUCGGAAUCAGCACUUAGAACUUGUCUCACUCCUGUGAACUUGUCUGGAUUAAAGCUGCAACAGUCUCUCCUUAAGGGACCAUGGUCCACCUCCAAGCUGGCUGCUUUUCAAACUUCAGUGGGAGGGAUUUGCUAGCAAGUGUGAAAGAUGCCGCCUGCUCUGCCAGGACCCAGCUGGUUAGAGCUGAACCUUUCCAGUCCCAACCUAGGUUGACUUUUUUCCUCAAGUAUCACACCAUUCCUGACACAGGGCAUAUGAGCUUUUGUACUGUGACUGAGCUUGAGUCUGAGUAGGAAGCACAGAAGUCCAGAGCACCAGGCUUGCGUAGCUCAGAUGUCCAUCCACAGAAAAUGUGUGUUUCUUAUUGGAGGAGCCUCUGGAAUCCUAAGUAGACUGAGCACAGUCAUCCCUCUCUUCUGCCUGUUUAUACCAAACGCUGUUGUAAAAAAUGACUGUGAGCAAAUUUAUCUAAAUAUGUGUAAUUCUGAGAAAGAGGCAAAACUGUUCAUACAAGUGAUA